AUGUCUGUGACAGCAUCAUCCCAGGUGCCUCAGCCUCACACCAUACGACCUGUUGUGAGCUGCUUUAGGUUGCAUCAACUAUCUGCGCAGAAUUUGGACCGAUAUCGCAGAUGGUGGGGGACUGGAAAGAACAUGAUUCUUUCCACUCGUGGUGUGCUUGAAUCCAGCAAUGGUGCACAUUCUAGUGGCCUUAUGAAGAAAAGACACUGUUUGGAUAACUUACAAGGCUCGGUUUCUGUAGAUUUCGAGUCCGAGGCGGAAGAUGACAUUAUACCUAUCUUUCAUAGGGGAGAGACUGCAUCCGGAGAGGCAACGGAGGAUGCAUUAGCUUCUCUUCAGAAGUUGAUCAGCCAAUGCAGUUCUUUUACUGUGCAGGCAACCUGCGGAUGCUGUUUGGAUCAUCCGGAUAGCGGAUACAGUCAUGCUGCACUAAUCCGUUUCCCAUCAUUUGACGACUUGAAGCUGUUCAGGGAGAGCAUGGAGUACAAGGAUAUGUGGGCAUCGAAGUUCCACCCGGUCGUGGAGAGAUCCCUCCACCUGCAUUUCACCCUUGACCCCGUGGGGAACCAGCUGAUGUAG